CUCCAUACUGGUGCGAGACCUGCUUGUUCAGCCUCCGCUAGGACAUGAGCUUGGCCCAUUCGCUCUCUCCAGUUUGCUUUAUAUGCCUGCAGCAUUGUGUUUGUUUGAACUUCUAUUAGAUAUCUCCUACUGCGAAUCCGUAAAGCUGAUCUCGAAGCGUGGCCGUCUGGGGCUGGUUUUUGUCUUUUCUCUAUAUUUUUUUCGAGUCUCAGCGCUGCCGGCCCCUCUCCCCUCCCUGGUCACCGAUUAUCUAUCUGCAUCUGUGGAAGCGACUUGACCCGGCAUCGUUCGCACUGACGGCCAAUUGAACUGAGAUCUGUAACGUCUUCAAGUCGAAUCCUUUGCAUGCGGCAGAAUACAUCAUCGACGAUACGCUGGCUGGAAUAGAGGCCAGCCUUGGGAACCGUAAAUCAUGGCCGACGACUCAGACGCUGGACAGUCGUCCAUCACCGUUGCCGUCCGAGUACGGCCCUUUACGAUCCGAGAAGCUGCUCAACUGCAGCGGAAUGACGAUGGCACUAUAUUCCUGGGCGACGGUUCUUUUGCUUCGGCACCGACCCCAAAGCUUCACCAGCGAGGCAUCAGAAACGUUAUCAAGGUUGUCGACGAUCGUUGCCUAAUAUUCGAUCCGCCAGAAGAUAGCCCUGUCCAGAAAUUCUCCCGAACCGUCAUCCCGACCACGAAAAAAGUUAAAGAUCAAGUGUUUGCCUUUGAUCGAGUCUUUGAUGACAUGACAACGCAGGCUGAGGUCUACGAGGGGACCACAAGAGCCUUGCUCGACAGCGUACUGGAUGGAUACAAUGCAACCGUCUUUGCCUACGGUGCCACCGGCUGCGGCAAGACGCAUACAAUUACCGGCACGGCGCAACAUCCUGGCAUUAUCUUCUUGACAAUGCAGGAACUGUUUGAGAAGAUUGACGAGCGCAGCCAAGAGAAGCAAACUGAGCUAACUCUGAGCUACCUGGAGAUUUACAACGAAACGAUUCGUGAUUUGCUGGUGCCGGGCGGGAGCAAGGUCGGCUUAGCUCUUCGCGAAGACAGCAACCAGGCGGUCGCCGUGCCUGGGUUGACCAGCCACCGCCCUCGAGAUGUCCAAGAAGUCAUGGACAUGAUUGUCCAAGGAAACGAGUACCGAACUGUAUCGCCAACCGAAGCAAACGCAACGUCCUCACGAUCGCACGCCGUGCUGCAGAUCAACAUUGCGCAAAAAGACAGGAAUGCUGAUGUUAACGAGCCUCACACAAUGGCAACUCUGAGCAUUAUCGAUCUAGCUGGCUCUGAACGUGCUUCCGUUACCAAAAAUCGCGGUGAGCGCCUUACGGAGGGCGCUAAUAUCAACAAAUCACUUCUUGCCCUUGGAGGUUGCAUCAACGCUCUCUGUGACAAGCGAGGAAAGAUGCACGUCCCAUACCGCAACAGCAAACUCACUCGACUCCUCAAAUUCUCCUUGGGCGGUAACUGCAAGACGGUCAUGAUUGUCUGUGUCUCGCCAUCAAGCGCCCACUACGACGAAACCCAAAACACCCUGCGAUAUGCGAACCGAGCCAAGAAUAUCCAAACCAAGGUCACUCGCAAUGUUUUCAAUGUCAACCGCCACGUCAAAGACUUCUUGAUCAAGAUUGACGAGCAAAUGGCCCUGAUUAAUGAGCUAAGAGCACAGCAGAGAGACUCUGAAAAAGUUAAUUUCGCCAAGUUCCGAAAGCAGUACGAAAAACGAGACGCCAUUGCACGAGAGGCCACACAGAGACUUCGAGCUGCAUAUGAUAAUGCAAGCGUAGAGCGCCAGGAGCGUGUUACCGCCUUGAGAAAAAUGAAGCACUUUGAGAGGCGCAUUAGCCUGCUGUCAGCGUGGAUUGCGGCCUUUGACACUGUUGCCAAUCGGAAGGAGGGCGAGGAGCAAAUGCCGCAGGGGCUUAAAACUAUCCGAAGGACAGCUGAAGGAAUUCUGCUUGAGCUGGAAAACAGUAGAUAUCAUAGCCAUCAAAAGUUGGAAAAGUCGACAUGGGAACGCCACCUCGAUACAGCCUUGGCUCAUGGCAUCAGACAACUUGAACAGGCUGAAGGCGCCGACACUGGCGAGAUCGACACCUUGACGCGCGAAGCUGAGCUUCUAAAAGCCAACUUCAGUCGUGAGGCCUACCAGGAAGUUUUGGAGCAAGAGAAGGUGGGAGAUGCCGCGAUGAUGCAAGUCGUUCUCACAGCCCAGUUCGAAAUGAUGUCCUCCCUUUCUUCUGUUAUAUCAAUGGAUGAAGGGAGCGCCGUGGAACAUGCUAAAGAUGUCAUAUCUCGCCUACUCCAAGAUGGACUCACAGCUGCAUCCCAGGUGGUCAAACCUGAUGGCACCUUACCUGUUGUUCCUGACGCACUUCCACCGAGAAGAACCCUGAGGAAGAGAAAAUCUUUGUCUGCCUAUCGGCCUAUUGCUCCCCCGGCUAUUGUGGCCGUACAAAACGAACAUGUGUUUGCGAGUCCCAUGAAGUCAACGCCGAGACGGCGUAAGGCCCUCGGCAUGCCGAAGAAGGGAGUUAGCUUCACGCCCGUCAAACGAGCUACCAAGAGUCGAGGGGUCAGAUGGAGGGAUGAUGAGACGGAAGACGGAACACUGGAAGACUUUGAGAAGACGCCACAGAAUCUAUUCAGCUCCUCUCCUCCCGCGCAGCCGUCGCCAGUUGUUAAGAGCAAGAUUCCCUCCCCGCCGUCACAGUUCAACAGCACAACUAAGGAUGAUGCUAUGAAUAACGACACAAUGAGCCCGGAUUCCGAUGUGCCGAGUGUAUCAUCGAUCGCUAAACCCGGUAGAUUUCAGGCCGGAUUCCUUUCCAGAGGCAAGCGACUAUCGGCAGAAGGUAGCGGGCUGCCUGUAUCAUCAUCUCCUCCGACUUUGAGCAUGCAUUUGCGCUCGUCAAGCUCUCCCGACGUAGAGAGGACACCCCCUCUGAGAUCCCUCGACGUUCCCAAGACAGAGAACGGGUCACCGCUAUCCUAUAGUAAGGUGCCGCGGCUCAGUCCUCAAUACCAUCCGCUGCAGACGGUCAUGGAUGAGAAUAACCCCCCGAACGCUUCUGGCUCCGACUCAGAGUCAGGCACAAUUGAUAUGCGCAAACUCCGCAGCGCCAUUGCUUCAAAGAAACCCCGGAGGAUUGCUAUCAUGACCCCAACUUCGGUCCCUGUUGCUAGAAGGGUAUCUUCGAUUGGCUCUGCUUCCGGCGACAGGCCAGCGCCGCGACCUGCCAUGCCAGUCUUGGCCAGUGCUACGAACGGCAUUUCACGCCAUCGCAGAGGAAGCCUGGAGCUCCGAAAGAGCCCACCGCUGAUGUGCGCACCAUCAGACUUAAUAUCGGACAACCUCACUGCGGGCCAAGCAAGACGGAUGAACAUGGCGGGCAACAUGCGACUUGAGACUCUAGGCGCGGCCCAGCGCGAUAAACCCGGCUUGGAAGCGCCUCGUCGCGUCACUUAUAGUGUUGGAGCGAACGCUGCCGCUACAGGCGUAUCUUCACACAGAAGGCUGGAUAGCCGAGGAGGUAUGCCGAUAAGAUAAAGGGCUUUACCACUCGCGUCGGCUACCGACCUUGCUUUUGUUUUCCUUUACCAUUACUUCUGCCAUUAUACUACACCGGCUUCUCAUAUUAAUUUCGUCAGAGUGUACUUUGUACUUGCUGCCUUUUCACAUCUUAGAGCAAUAGAUAGGCGCUUAGGUUUGUUGUGCUUGCAAUUGUAAGAUGAGAUUUCAGGGUACAGGCGUCUCGGAUACAAUACGACCAUGGAUCGGCGUAUGGGCUUGAUUAUUUUGUAUGAUUGCUGUAUGCAUACUUUUAGAAGUAGAAAUGACUUUGAAGACUGAC